CGGCGCCGCGGGGGCGGGGCGAGGGGUCAAGAUGGCAGCGUCCAGCCGCGCCCAGGUGCUCGCCCUCUACCGGGCCAUGCUGCGGGAGAGCCACAAGUUCAGCGCCUACAGCUACAGAAUGUAUGCCAUCAGAAGGAUAAGAGAUGCCUUCAGAGAAAACAGACACAUAAAGGACCCUCCACAAAUUCAAAUUCUCCUGAAUAAAGCCAAAAAAGACCUAGAGAUCAUUCAGCGACAGGGCCCGAGGGGAGGACCACCAGACUGCGUGCCACCUGGCACGGACCCACUCUUCCUCCCACGAGAGAUGAGCGGUGCCUUUCGCUGGCCGGCCUGCCUCGGCGGGGCACGCAGCAGGAGCAGCUCACCGUCAGAUUGCUCCCACAGGAGCUGGGGGUGGGGUGGGAAGAGAGUGGCUCCGACACUCCACCGCCAUCCGGUGAUGUUCCUGCGCCCGGCCGAGCUGCGUCCUGCCCAAAGACAGCAAGCAGUGGAAUCGCCUUCUUGGCUCCCCUUUGGCUCCUUUCUGGCCCAGAGGAAGGGGCUGGGCCAGCUGCUUCCCGCCCAAAGGUUUGCGCCCUUGUGGUGCCUGUGUUCAAGAACCGUUUGGAUGUCAAGAAAAGCAAAGUGUGGCAGCCGGGUCACUGACUCCCGACUCCUGCUCUACCCGUUUUCAUACCCGAGGCAAUGUCCACAUCAGCCAACUGUAUUCAACCGACAAGCUUGUCGUCGAGAAUCGAGAGAGGUCUUCCACCUAAGCCGAGCCCAGCGAUCCUGCAGCGGCAGCAGCCAUGGAUCAGCAGCACCGUUCUACGCCCAGAAAUUUUCCCAGCAUAGACCACGUGUGGCCUGCGAAGCAGCGUGUCAUAGAACUCCUAUUUGUGAGAAGCUGAUUAUCCGCGAAACCCGCUUCCAUUGCUUUGCAACCCAAGGGGUACAGGGUGACGAUCUCACGGUUCACGUGCUAGACUACGAAGCUAGAGUUCCGUGGAAAUAAUGCCGUGCAUUAUUUUUCCAUCUCCUUUGUAAUUUUUGGCCUCUUUAUGCUUUACGCAUAUUUUCAGGCUUUGUUUCUCGGUCUCGUUCGGCAAUAAACAAAGAAAGAAGUCUACGA